GUGCAAUGCGUGUCGUAAUGGAUGUGUUGUGCAGACAUUGACUGCGUUUUUGCAAAAUACAGAUUUGGCUCACAUUUGGUCUCGCAAUCAGUAUUUCAUAAACAACUGAUCCAACGGUUCAUUCGCUGAGAUAUUGUCUCUGAUUUGCCACAAGUAUUGACACGAAGAUGAAGGCAAUGCCAAGUUUUUCAGCGGCCGGUCUCCGCAAGAACCCAUCGUUGAUCCCAUUGCUGGCGAUGGUGGGCGCGGGUGGUAUCUGGGCCGGGGUUUAUAUCCUCAGACUGGCCCUCAAGAGCCCCGAAGUGAGCUGGAACCGUAAGGGAAACCCCGAGCCGUGGCAGGAGUACGACAAGAAGCAGUAUAAGUUUUGGUCACAAAUAGAUCACGAGAACUACGAACACCCGAGACCUCGCUUCUAGACAUUUGUCUCUAUUUAUUGGAUCUGAUCCUAAGAUCACUUAUUUGUCAGUUAUUAUCAAUUUUUAAAUAGUAAUUAAGCAUUGAUUUAAAGUUACACUCAAUUCAAGCUCUCAACAGUAUAUCUGCAGUUAAUCUCAUUUCCAGUUUAGAUCUGUUUUAUAGGUUUAUUAAUUCUGUAAUAAUUGUGUCAUUUAUUCGCAAAUAUUUCAAUAUUAAUAACAAUUAAAGGAAACCAUUUUUCUGAUUAUAG